UUUUUGUCCCAUGUCCUGGAUAAAAUUGGCGGCCUGUUGCCUGUACGACAGUUCUUUGUAUGAAUCGUAGCCGCAUUUUCUUGAAGGUGUAUUUUCCAGUUGCUCUUUUGUAAAGUACCAUUUUUCGCUAUUGCUUGUAUUAGCCAUUUACACUUCACACGACACGCAAAAAAAUGGCAGAUGGCGUUGUGAAAUGUCAAAUCUAAACUGCGGUACAUUUGCUUACGACAAAAUUGUAACUGUAAUCGGUAAAUUUUCUUGCAUAGUCACAGAAAACUCACAAAUAAAUACUGAAAAGUCACUUAUCACAAAAUUUUACAACAAUGAGUCGACUACUUUGGUUGUUGCGUCACUAUAAAUUCGGGUUUUCCUUGAUGCUGCACUCUUGCCUAAUAAAUCGUGUUUUUAAGGUAAUUCUCAACUUUCAAUUUAGGAAACUUAUACCAGUUUAUGCAGUGUACUUUGCUUUAUACUUUUAUGUAGUUUUACGAUGAACGAGGUAGUUUAUUAUUGAAAUAAAUUAUACAUACACAAAAGUUGUAGGAAUUGGUGUUAUUCACUCUUCGAUGGCCGACCAACCACGAAUGCAAGCUCCACCAGAAAACCCUUUUAAGAUAAAACCACCUCUAUCGACGCUUGCAGAGCAAGAAGCAGCGGCAGUAUUGCGAGCAGAAUUGGAAAUCGAACUUAAAAACAAAAAAAAAUGCGCCUAUCAGCCUUACGAGUGCACCCAGUUGACAAUAGACCACUACAAGUACUGCUUAAAGCAUAUUUUGCAGGAUAAAAAUGCGCCGUACAAGCAAUGCUCCUACGUCUACUCUAGUAGCGGUAAAAGGUGCAAUUUGGCUGCACCAAAAGGCGACAAAAAAGAUUAUGGGUACUGCAGUGAGCACGCCUUGAAAACUACGUUGACUAGAAAUAGGCAGAACUCGAGGUAUCCACCGCCUCAUACGGCCGAAGUUUUGUUGCAUUCUUUGGCGCAUUAUGUUAAGAAGAAGAGAUGUAGAACCACUUCGUCCUCCAGUACUCAACAUUCUGACGAAGGGAGCCAAAAUCCGGAUGAUGUUGAGUUUAAGUGCACAAAAACAUUGGAUCCGUUUUCUGAGAUAGAUGCCAAUUUGGUUUAUGGCACAAAUUGCAAUGAUGUUUUGGAUGUGUGCAGCGAAUCUGAAAGCGAUGUUGAAGCUUCCACUUAUUCUUCAGUUUGGCAUGACAGUCAUGCUGAUAGUUCCGAUAACGAAAGUAUAGACUCUGAGCAGGAGGAUGUUUUAAAGCAUGCCAAUGUGUACACAGCGGAAGAAAUCACUCUAGUCACUAGAGAUAAGUUAAUUAGGUUGCAGUCGUUGUAUAUAGAGCAGUACAGGCAUUUGCAGUACAUGCUGAAGGAGAAGCGCCGGAAGUAUUUGCAAUCGUUGAAGAGGGAAAAAGAGACUUGCUGCAACAUUUACAAUCAAGUCAGGGACAAUCCGAAGGAGCAAAGAUUGUACAAAAAACUGAAGGCUUUCAACAAGUAUCAGAGGCAUUACGGAAACGAGGCCAUUUUGAGUAAAAGAUUGCACGAACUGAGAUCAAAAAUUACCGAAGGUUUACCUCAAAAACCCUCAAAUGUGAAAAGUUGCUGUUUCACCGAAGGAGGUGUAAAAUGUGCCGAAAAAACUUUACCUCUGGCCAAGCAUUGCAGAAAACACAUUUUGGAAGACCCCAAUCAAGUAUUAUUUAGAGCGUGCGGGAAGAUAAAUGCCGAUGUUGAAUGUAAUACGCCAGUUGAGGCUAUUUUCGAGAACACCAUGUGCAAAUUGCACAUGGAUAUUCCAGUUUUGAGGUCAUAUAGUCAAACUAGGAAAGACUCAGAAUCGGAUAUGGACGAUUCUCUGGAGAACACAAACCUGUUCAAUGAGUCAGACUUGACGGAAACCGUUAAAACGGAAAUGAUAGAUUACAAACAACCGGAAAUACCAAAAAUGGAGACGGUUCCCUCCCAAUUGUUUGAAGAGUCUGAAGACAUGGACUCUUCGCCGUUUAUGAAGGAAAACGUGGACUUUAUCGCCGAAAAUUUGAGUAUCAUGGAGGGAGGAGAACCGCCUGGAGAUUCAAACGAGACCACUCCUAAAGGAGGCGAAAUCGAGCCGAUUGCUAGUACCUCCCAGUUAGUUAGCGUUCUGGAGGAGACCCAGCAAAUCAAAGACGAACCAGUCAAGAUGGAGAUGGAGACGGAAAUUAAAGAAGAAACCGACAAGAAAGUUGAGAUUUAAGUGUUUUUAUUAGUUGUAUUAUAUUUUGAUUUUUUUAAAUAAACGUUUCACUAUUUUUUCGUUUUUGUCGAUUGCUCCCCUCUUCUCCUCUUGUUCAGCGGAUUCCUUGGGUCGUAAAUUUCAAACCAGUCGUCAUCUUUCGUGUUUGCAUCUUUGGCCAGGAUGGGGUCAUCAUCUUUGAAGUGAAGUUUGUGGGAAAGCCUGAAAAUACGUUUGAAAACAAUAGUUAUUUAUGUCAUUAGGUUAAUUCAACAUCAAAGCGGCCUAACC